AUGCUAAAAUAUAUAUUCCUGCUACAUAGUGUAUUACAAAUAAAUGGAUCAUUUCGUCUGUAUAAUUCCGAUAUAUCAUAUCGAGAUUGUUUAUAUUCAAAUACAAUUAAUACUGAGAUCAAUGAAUGGAUAUUAACUCGUUAUUGUCUAGAUGGAAAUAAUGUUGUUGGAAAUCAGGAUGAAUGUGAUGAAAAUGUGAAAUUUACAUUUGAAGAAUUGAAAUUAAAACAUGUAUCCGGAGAGAAUCUGUUCAAAUGGAAUGCCCCUAUUGAUACAAUUAAUAAUUACGAGAAAUAUUUGGACGACAAUGACAUGUCAAUGAAAAGUGAUUUCUUUUGUAAUUGUUCAGAUUUGGGAAAUUUCUUUGGUAAAGAUUGUUCCUAUUCAUUUCGUAAAACUUCUUCUGAUACGACAUUCGAUGAAAUUAUUUCCAAACAAUUUGAGAAAAUGAAGGAAUUAUCAUCUACUUCCGAAAUCUUAGAUGAUGAAGAUUUGUUGACAUGUUAUAAAGGUAUUCAAUGUGAUUCAACAAUUUGUCUUGAUUGGCGACAAAUUUGUGACGGAUUUAUUGACUGUAGAAAUGGCGAAGAUGAAUUCAAGGAUUGUCUUUUAAUUGAGCUGAAUCAAUGUGAAGAAAACGAAUAUCGUUGUUCAAAUGGGUUGUGUAUUCCACAAACAUUUUUGAUUGAUUUAAGUUAUGAUUGUGGAGAUAUAACUGAUGAAGAAUAUGAUAUUGAUGAGAUCGUAAAUGAAUUAUUCGAGUGUCAUAAGUCGACAGUGAUUGUAUGUGAUUUCAGUCAAUCGCGUUGGAGUUUGUUUCCAUGUGGCAAUGGAGAAUAUAGUUUACUUGAUUCUUCUGAUCCCGAAUGUGCCAAUGGUCGUGAUUUGUUUUAUCGUCGAAAUCUUCUCUUAUCAUUUUCAUCCGCACAUAAUAAUAAUAUCAGUUUUGAAUGCUGGUUAUUAAUGCUAUGCGUAUCGGAGAACUUUCUUUUAGAUUAUUUUGAUGAUGCUGAAUCCGAAUGUUUAUGUGACGAAAACAAUCGAGAGAAGAAGAAAUGUGUGAAGUAUUUCAACCAAUAUUGUCCUUCGUUAUUUUAUUUUCAACAUGAUAUGAGGUUUUUUUCUCCAUUUGUUAAGUUUCUGUACGAUAAAAGCAAGAGCAAUGCCGAUGAAUGGUGGGAACCAACUCAUAUUUGUUUCAUGAAUGAAACUUGCGUCGAAAGAAAAACGAUCCCUAAUUGGUCGAAUUACAUUUUUUAUUGGCAAAAAACCUUCUCUUUGUCCGAUCGACCCAGUGACGACGAAAGAUUAUUCUAUUGUAAUGAAUCCAAACGAUCGAUUUCCAAAUAUCGAGUAGAAGAUUCUAUCACUGAUUGUUAUUAUGGAGAAGAUGAAAAUGAUCAGAUUACUUCAUUGAUCAUGACAUCUCUGAAUUUAACAGAUCGUUUUAAAUGCAAAACAGGGAACCAAUGGAUGGUGCGUGCUUUAAUUGCGGAUUAUGACAAGAGUUCUGACAUGGCGAUUAAUAAUGAGAAUUAUUGUCGUGAUAAAUCUUAUCAGUUAUAUGUUGGAGAAUGUCGUAGACCAUCGGAUUUUGCUUGUCAGAUCUUGCGAGGUACUGUCACUCCAUUGAUAUAUAAUGUAUUUCAAGAAAAUUGUAAUGGCAUUAAUCAUGUUGAUCCUCUUGCUGAUAAUGAAACCGAUGAAACAAACUGUGAAGAAUGGUCGACUAAAAAAUGCAAUAACAUUUGGGAUUGGAAUAAUGGAACCGAUGAACUGAAUUGUGUCGAUGGAGUCCCAUAUUACUUAAGUCAAACGGUUUUCAAAUGCCAGCAUAAUGAACAUUACUGUGCAGAUCAGAAGGGAACUAUCGGUUGUUUAGCAGCAGAACGUGCAGGGGAUGGGGUGAUCGAUUGUUUAGGUGCAACAGAUGAAAGAAAAAUGGUAUGUACAAAUGAUUCAGGGUAUCCUUUCCAGUGUCGCUCUGGCGAAUGUUUGAGUGUACUACAUAUAUGUAAUAAAUACCGAAAUUGUCCUGAUUCCGAUGAUGAGAUAAUAUGUCCGUGGGCAACGAAUUCAUCCUGUGCUUCAAUAGAAUUUCCUUGCAAGAAUGGCACAUGUGUUCCAAGAGUCUCAAAACAAUGUAAUAAAAUAAUUGAUUGUCAACCGGAUGGAGAAGAUGAAUGGUUUUGCGAUUUAGAAUAUCGACAAGAUCUGAAAUUUUCUUUAAAAAACAUUGAAGAAUAUCCAUUAUUUAAUAUUAAUUUACCAAAAAUUGCAAUGAUAAACGAUGCUCAUUCGAAUCCGUUAACUGCGAUCAAGAAAAUUUCCAAACAAAAAAAAAAGAUAAUUGACAACUGGUUUUGCAAUCGUGGGAUUAUCAUUCGAUUCCGCUUCUCCAAUAAAAAAUGUUUAUGUCCACCGAGUUAUUACGGGUUAAGAUGUCAAUAUCAAUCCGAACGAGUUUUAAUCACCGUGAAAGUCGAUAUACCGAUUAGUUUAGUCAGAUAUCGAAGUAAAAAUAGUUCUCUUUUGAUACUUGCUCGUUUAAUCUUAGGUGAUAAAGUGUUUGAUUAUGAACGAAUUCUUCAUGAACCUUUGAUGAAACAAAUGUUCUAUUUAAAUUAUCCACGACCACCGCCGAAGAAACAAGGAAAUUGGUCAGUUCGGUUUGAUGCCUUUUCAAUUAGCACAUUCAAUGUUCAAGAGAAAGCAUCUUGGCUGUUUAAUGUCCCUUUUUCGUUUUUACCAGUCAAUCGACUAGUUCUACAUUUGAUGCUGGAAGAUUCUCGAGGAUGUCAGACAUUAAAUUGUAUCCAUGGUAUUUGUCGAAGGUAUCUCAAUUCUCCUUAUGAUGAAUAUUGUCAAUGUGAUGACAACUGGUCUGGCAAAUUUUGUCAGGAUCCAAUCAAUUGCUCCUGUGUUGCAGGUGGCAAAUGCAUCGAUGGAUAUUGUGUUUGUCCUUUAGCGCGAAUAGGAAAUGAAUGUCGAGUUUUAUUUAAUCCAUGUCAUGAUAUCAAAUGUGAAAAUGGUGGAACAUGUUUACCAUUAGAUGAACGUCAGGUGAAGAAAUUCGAAUGUAUGUGUCCAAAUGCUUUUUGGGGAAUCUAUUGUGAACGAAGGAAUGCUGAAGUUCAGAUUGAAUUCUCGCCUUUAAUAAGUUCUGAACUAGAAUUGGUCAAUGUAUUCGUUCAUUUUCUUAACUUGGAAAGUGAUCUUUCAGCAGUGUUGUCCGUUGAGAACAGAUUUUUGUAUAAAAAUAUCAAAUUAAACCAAAUUCUUCAUGUUUAUCAUCAGAAUCAUGAUUAUUUAUCAGCCUUCACCCUCAUUGAAAUAUAUUAUCAAAAGUAUACCUCGAAUUAUUAUCUUGGAGCUCUUCUGACGAAGAACGUCACCAAUCUUAGAACCCAAAUUGAUCAGGGCAGUCGAUGCCCAUAUGUUGAUGAACUCAUUUUCAAUGAAACCAUACGAAAAUUUUCUUUACGAAAAAAAUUGAAAUAUUAUCAUGAUGUCUGCAAAAUAGAUCGUGGGAUCAAAUGUUUUCACGAUGAAGCUUCGCUAUGUUUUUGCGAUCGAUAUCAUCAGCCAGACUGUGUGGCUUUUCCACGUUCACCCACUGCAUGUGCUAAGAAUUAUUGUCAAAACAAUGGGCAAUGUAUUAGCAAUAUUUUUAAUGGCGUUUGGGAUUUUGCUUGUAUAUGUGAUGGGUGCUCGUAUGGAUCAUUGUGUCAAUUAGUAACAUCAGAAUACGUACUUUCAUUUGAUGUGAUUCUCGGACCAGAUAUCAAAACGAAUAUGCCGUUCAUCAAACAGCCUUUUCUGAUAAAAUUCGCCUUAGCAAUGAUUACUUUCAUGGUUGUGAUUGGAACUCUAUCAAAUGUUUUAUCGUUAAUCACAUUCAGACAAGGAAAAAUUCGCGAAUAUGGCUGUGGUAUGUAUCUCUUCUGUUUAGCUUUCGUUGGACAAAUUGGUUUAUCGAUAUUUGCCUGUCGAUAUGUGUACCUUUUGACAACACAACUCUAUGAUAUUCAUCAUUUUCGUUUGGUUCAUUGGAGUUGUAUUGCUUUAGACUAUACUCUCAGUGUAUGUCCAAUAUUAUUUGAUUGGAUAAUUGUAUGUAUAGCGAUAGAACGAUACGUGAAUAUAAUAAAAGGUGCUUCAUUUGAAAAGACUAAAAGUGUUUGGUGGGCUAAACGUCUCGUUCCUUUUCUGACUUUGACUAUUAUUUGUAGUUCAUGGCAUGAAUUAUUCGUUCAUGAAUUAAUUUAUGAUCCGCGAAGUGCAAGUCAAAAUGCUUGGUGUAUAAUUAAAAUAUCAUCCCUAUGGAUAAAAUAUUAUCGGUUAAUUCUUAAUUUGUUUCAUUUAAUUAUCCCUGGAUCGAUUCAUCUCAUCGCUACGAUAUUGCUUUUGCAUAAAACAACCCAAAGAAAACAAACAUUGGAAAAGAAGAAGAGUGAAAAGUCUUAUUGGGGAGUAUUUCGAAAACAGUUGCCCAUGUAUGGAAGUCCAUUCGGACUGAUCAUGUUCAGUAUAAUAAGAGUGACUUUUUUAUUUACAUUGGUUUGUAUAUCGAGACAAUGGCAUAAAUAUGUUUAUCUUCUUGCGUACUUUAUUUCAUUCAGUCCGUUUAUGGUCACAUUUCCAAUCUUUGUCCUUACCGCUGAGAUAUAUAAAAUGGAAUUUAAGAAUUUUCUUGCGAGAUUUAUUAGAAAACUCAAAGCAAGAUGGAUUUUAUGA